UUGGAUGGGAUUUCUGUCCUAUGUAGCUCUACUAUUGCCAUCCCUAGCCGUUAAUUUCCUUGCCUGAGCAUGAUGAAUUCACAGAAAGGUGUUAAUAAGACCCUGUUUCCAAUGUGUCGAUCUUUCAUUUGGGUUGUUCUCAAAUUCUCAGUUCCCUGCCUGGGCAUGCUUUGGCUUUCCGAGGAAGGAUGAUUCGAAGGAUUGAGGUUCAGCGUAGUGGUACUCACCCCUGAACUUAAAAUCAAGUGGUUCUUGAUCACGUCUCGUUCUAUUUUUCCCUUUUCCUCAUCCCUACUAGCUAGUUCAUGGGUCUCCCUUAUAGUCCGAGAACGGUGAAAGAUCAGUUUGAAGUGUUCCUGAGCUUUAGAGGACCGGAUUCUCGACAGGGUCUGGCCGAUGUCCUCUAUAGCGAAAUGAGAGCGGUUGGUAUCCGUGUUUUCAGAGACGACGAUGAGCUUGAAAUGGGCGAUGAGAUCGGUGAGGUCCUAGUGGCUAUUGAGACCUCCAGGAUAUGCGUACUGAUCUUAUCCAAGACCUUUGCUGCUAGCACGUGGUGCCUCCGCGAAGUUGAAAGAAUGGUCGAGCUCAGGAAGCUGAUAAUCCCAAUUUUUUACACGGCCGGGCCAGAUGAUGUUAAGCUAAGCACGGGAUUAUUCAAGAAGGAUCUAAAGAAGCAUGAGAAGAAGCAUGGAAAAGAACGAGUGAAGAAGUGGGAGGAUUCUCUCAAAGCGGUCGCCAUGAUCAAAGGACGGGAAGUGAAGAAUACAGGGUAUGUAGAGUUUAGCAAAUCGUUUGUUGGAGACGUUCAGACAAAGUUGAAGGUGCAGUGCCUCUCCAUGUCCAACCCCAGUCAGCCAUUGAUAUCUGUCCACCCUGAUGAUGAGCUCCCGUUAAUCUCUGCUGAUCACGUGGAAAAUCAAAGUUCUCGCGAUCCUAAUACCAUUCAGCCUUGGGUCGGUGCAUAUUUCCAUAGAGCCACUCCUCAAGCUCAACUUGAAAAUCUUCCCGAUACACAAUGCAAAGGCAAAUUUCUCCUUCGACAUACGGUAGCUCCUUUGCGUUCAGACAUUGGUGAUCCCGACACAAUUCAGCCACCAGCACUUAUUGAAAGAUUAUUAGAAGAAAAGGGGGAAGCUGUUCGACACGGUCUGCGGUUGCAACAGGAACUGGAGGACAUGUUGAAGAGAAGAAGGCUGCAAAAGACUGGGCUUCAGACAUUAACCUUCUCCUACGAAGUCGCACUCUUAGCGUUCCUCGUCGGAUUUACCGCUGGAUACCUUUCGGUUGACGCCACUCAGAAUUGUGUCCAGAUAGCUUUCUUAAGAAUCUUCACGCUAUGUUUCCAUUAUUAGUCUUGUAUUUUGAUAUAUUUAUCUGUCCUGGGCUCUUUAUGUAAUUAUCAUAAGUUCGUUCGUAAAACAGCUUUGUAGUCCGUAUAUCUAUUACUCAGACAAGGUUGAUGAUGGCUUGAUUCUGAACUGUUUCUCUGUU